AUGGCAAGUGGCUUACAUUUAAAGAACGUCGACAAAGCUUUGGAAAUACCACCUAUUUGCUCACAUUCCAAAGGGGACAGUUCUACUUUCGAUGACCAGGCCAAGGAUUCACGUCUUUCUACAGCAUCUGCCAAGAAAAGACUUUCGAGUAGAUCAAAUUCGGAAACUGGAAGCUAUGAUUCAGCAUCGUAUACUGGAUCUAGUUCCGGUGAUGAUGAAGUAGAGAGUCAACAACGUGAAAAUCCAAGAGAACGUUAUAUGAAGCCUGGACUAAGAGCUGUUAACUCUAGAGGAUUUAAUGAUUUUUGCGUUCAAAAAAUACGUCAAGCAUCAUUUGGACGAAGGGAGAUUGACAUAGCUGAACAAGAAAUGCCCGGUUUAAUGGCAUUAAGAAAGCGUGCUAAAACUGAUCAGCCUUUAAAAGGGGCUAAAGUUCUUGGCUGUACACAUGUGACUGCACAUACUGCUGUCCUUUUGGAAACAAUGGUUUGUCUUGGUGCUCAAGUCCGAUGGUGCGCUUGUAAUAUAUAUUCAACUCAAAAUGAAGUUGCUGCAGCCUUGGCGGAAGCUGGUUUCCCUAUAUACGCAUGGAAAGGUGAAACUGAAGAGGAUUUCUGGUGGUGCAUUGAUCGGUGUAUAUCUGCUGAAGGUUGGACUCCCAAUGUGGUUUUAGAUGAUGGUGGUGAUUUGACUCAUCGUCUACACAAAGAUCAUAAAGAAUUACUACCUGGAAUAUGUGGUAUUGUUGAAGAAAGUGUAACUGGGGUUCAUCGGCUUUAUCAAUAUGUUAAAUCUGGUACACUGGGUGUUCCAGCAAUGAAUGUUAGUGAUAGUAUAACAAAAUCGAAAUUUGAUAAUUUCUAUCUGUGCAAGGAAUCUAUUGUUGACGCUUUGAAACGAACUACAGACAUGAUGAUCAGUGGAAAAACUGUGUUAGUCUGUGGUUAUGGUGAAGUUGGAAAAGGUGUUUGUCAAGCCUUGAGAGGAUUAGGCGCAUUUGUUUGCAUUUCUGAAAUUGAUCCAAUUUGUGCUCUUCAAGCUUGUAUGGAUGGUUUUCGUGUUGUCAAAGUUGACGAAGUUAUUCGAUCUGUUGACAUUGUGGCUACAUGUACAGGGAAUAAAGGUGUUAUUACUAGAGCACUUAUGGAUCAGAUGAAAAGUGGUUGUGUUGUCUGUAAUAUGGGUCAUUCUAAUACUGAAAUUGAUGUUCGAUCCCUACAAACUCCUGAUUUAACCUGGGAACGUGUUCGAUCACAAGUGGAUCAUGUUAUUUGGAACGAUGGAAAGCGUAUAAUUCUUAUAGCUGAAGGACGUUUGGCAAAUCUAAGCUGCUCAACUGUUCCUUCGAUUGUUGUCUCUGUUAGCGCCAGUACUCAAGUGUUAGCUCUUAUUGAAUUGUACAAUGCUCCCGCUGGUCGUUAUAAAAGUGAUGUUUACUUGCUACCGAAAAAAAUGGAUGAAUAUGUGGCAACCUUACAUCUUCCACUGUUUAACGCCCGAAUCACAGAAUUGACAGAUGAACAAGCUCGAUAUUUGGGUGUGAAUAAAACAGGUCCAUUCAAGCCAAGCAAUUACAAGUACUGA